AUGGAGGACGAUACUUAUAGUGGCGACAUUGGAUUGAAUGAUAGACUGCUUAACAUUGAGUUGUGUGGAGCAAAGAGGAGUAGAUAUGGUGUUGACCUUACAUCUGUCAGUCCCUCAUCACCAUUCAUCACUCAACUUGAUAGUCACACACAGGAAUCAAUGAUACAUCUAAUCAAACUACGACGAUGUCAUUUAAAGAGAGACUAUAAGAAGAUGAGACCAGUGUUGGAGGAACUACAGGAUGGAAUGAAGUCACCAGAGUUGGUAGAUGAACUUACAUUGCUUGGUGGACAUCUUUACAUCAUUGAUAUGAUCAAGAAUCUAGAGUGUAGUAGUAAUACAUUGGAUGGUUCAUUUGACAGACAGAAUGAUAUCAAGUAUCAACUACUAUUCAUAUUGAGCCUCAUAACAGAGGCAUUCGAGGAUAUUGCACUUGACUGCAUGUACGAUGAUCCACUGAUGCAGAUACUAUUCGAAUCGAUUGCUCACAAAGAGUAUACAGAGACUGCAUUCCUAUGUUUAAAGAACAUCAUGGUAUGCGGAGUGUUUGACUUGAGGAAGAUACCGAAUCUAAACUCAAUCAUGUCUGGACUUUCAAGCUUCACACUGUACAUGCUGAUCAAGGUCAUUGGAACAUGUGCAUACAUCCCCGAGGAUCAAGUAUGCAUCCAUCGCUAUGAAGUCAAUCCAGUAUUAUAUAUCAAUCAUAGUCUGCUACUUAAUAUACCGGACAUAUUCCGCAAGGUGUGUCUUAUGCUGCGGAGUACAAAUAGUCGUGCUUGGGUAUCACCAUCACUUCACUUUCUAUCCAGUGUGGAUGCAGUGGAUAUACCUUGGGAAGCAAUGGAGAAUGAUAAUGUGGUGGAGUCAUUGCCAAUGUUUGGUAUCAUGCGAUUGUUACAACUCAAUGACAACGAAUCGACUGCUGCCUACGCCAUGUUGACCAGCUACACCAAGGUCACCUAUCAGACUGAAUUGCUAUCAUUCCUCUGCAGCAUACUUUGGGGACCUCGCAAAGUGGACCUGCUCCUCAAGCUCAAAUCACUUGGUUUCAGCACAACACUCUACAACAUUGUCAACAGUAUCGAAUGGAGCAAACAAGAGAAUGAGUUUGAUAGCGAACGUGUCAAUCCGUUCUUUGCACGUAAGAUACAGGUAAUGCGAAUGGUAAUCAACUACAUGGAUCAGGAAGCGAUAUACACAUUCAAAGAUUGUUUAUUAUUAUCUGAUCAUGAAAAGGAUUAUCUGAAUGGUGUCACCGAUGAAAUGAUACCAAAUGAGCAAUACUGGAUAAAGACAUUACAUGACCUAUUCCUAAAAUGUAGGAAUAAUCAUAAAGACCGUGUAAAUAUAUCAUGCUGUAUCCAGUUCUCAAUGAGAGUACCAAGAGUCAAUAUUGCACAAUAUUAUGAACGACAUGGAUUGAUGGUCAUUUUGUUUGAGGACUUGGUAACAGGUCCAAGCACUGGUUAUCAAUCAAUCUUUGACCUACUCUCUGAAAUGAUCAAGUUCAGACCGGACCUAUACCUCAAGUUCAAUCAUCUAUGUGGCAUUCAUAUUGUUAGAACCGAUAAGAUGCUAGGAAUCAUACGAUCAAACAUCAUCGACGCCAAUGUCUUUGUCAGGACAGUGUACAUAACCUUUAAGAGAUUGACAGAACAGAAUCCAGACUUUGUUGCAAAUAAUCAAGAUAUUAGAUACCUAUACGAUCGACUAUUCAGCGAUGAUGGUUGGGCCAACUGUUUGGAACUUCUCAUAAACUGUGUGACACCAACAUCUAUACAUAAUGAGAACAUGUGUUGCUUGAAUAGUUUCUUACUUCUUAUAUACCAUAACUCUGAUCUCAAACACUUGGACGACAUCAAAGAUAUAUUUGAGAUGUGGAAGACCAACAAUUGCAUUAAUAUCGAUAACACUCUGGAGUUGUUUAAGCUUUGGAGAACAUUCUAUGCAUCCAACUCCAAGGAUGUCUUUAGUUUCGAAUCAUUCUCUGGCGUCAAGAUACAUAUGAUCAAGAAAUUGAUCAAGGAGCUGGAGAUCAUACUUCUAUCAAUAUAG